UUUCACUGCUCCUGUACGCUGCUUCUGCGGCUCCACUCACGCAGUGCGAACAAAGGCCUGAUGACUGGAGAGUGACGGUCAAUGCUGUUUUUAGCCAGGCUUCUCACUGUGCAUAUCCUGUCAUGUCAGUGCAUUUCCCAAAAAGUUGAAAACAAUGAACAAAUGAAUAGAAUUCAAAAUAAUUGUGAUCAGAAAACAAGCGCUCUGCCGGAGCCAAGCUGGCGAUAGUGAAGAUCAGAGGUAGAGAAGGAGGAUACGAGCUCUGCCUGAGAAGUUAGUGAUGGGAUUUAUUCAGAUCCAUCGCAUCCCCUGAUACUCUGCGAUAGCAUUGUUCCAGUGCGCCGCGUCACACCGGAGAUGAGCGUCCUCGAACAACAACGAGCAGCAAAUUGGCCCGUUCAAGCAGAGAAAAGAAGAGCUGUUGGUGGUCGCAGGGUGUGACGGACGACCGCUAGAACGAUGGCUCAGCAAAACACCAACGGUACUGCAAACGUGGUAGAUGAUGGCACCGGUUUGAACCGUGGUUUAACCGUGAAACGGCGCAACGAGCUCCAGGAGUUCUUCAAAGUUCAAACCGACCAGGAAGCAGGCACCGGGGCCAGUAGAGGAGGGGCACAAGCACACUCUGGCUCUACAAGCCAGGACGAAGAACUACACGACGGCUUGUGGAAGGUGAUCAUCAAUCAACCAGAGUUUAGCGAAGCCAGAAAAUAUGCGACGAAUGUAAUAUCCACCGCCAAAUACUCCGUGUUCACGUUUCUGCCCAAGAACGUAUUCGAGCAGUUCCUACGCGUUGCCAACUUCUACUUUCUCGUUCUGCUUAUACUUCAGUUGAUACCGCAAAUCACCAGUCUUUCUCCGGUCACCACAGCCCUGCCGUUGUUCUUAGUACUGAGUAUAUCGGGUAUCAAGGACGGCUACGACGACUUUCAACGGCACAGAAGUGACAGGAAUGUCAACAACCGACUGACCACCGUCGUCACAGCAGAGGGGAAUCAAGAGGUUCCGUGGAAAACCGUCCGAGUCGGCUCCAUUCUGCUGCUGAAAAACAAUGACUUUGUGGCAGCUGACCUACUGGUGUUGAGAUCAAGUGAACCCAAUGGUCUAUGCUUUGUUGAAACAGCAGAACUGGAUGGGGAGACCAAUCUCAAAGUGCGACAGUCGGUGGAUGGUGUUCCCGCCACAGAAGAUCUUACUGCCUUCAAUGGUGUAGUUCGCUGCGAACGUCCUAACAACGUACUAGAUAAGUUUGAGGGUGCGCUAGUCUGUCAUGACAAGACGCUCUCACUUGAUAACUCCAACAUGCUGCUGCGGGGCUGCAAACUACGGAACACCAAGUGGAUGUAUGGUGUGGUCGUCUUUGCUGGACAUCAGACCAAGCUCAUGCAAAACUCAGGUAAGGCACAUCACAAGAGAACCAAACUGGAUCGGCUUAUGAACUCUCUCAUUCUAUGGAUAUUUGGAUUUCUUCUCUUUCUGAGCAUUGCUGGAGCAGUCGGCAGCAGCAUCUGGGAGAAUAUAGUCGGCGAGGAUUUCCUGGACUAUAUUCCGUAUUCCGACGAGGGUGUGGCGAGUGCGCACAGCGUGGCAGCACUGCAGUUCUUCUCCUACCUGAUCGUACUCAACGCACUCGUGCCCAUCUCUCUCUAUGUCAGUGUCGAGUUCAUACGCAUGGGACAGAGUUUGCUGAUCAACUGGGACCGUAAGAUGUACUAUGACGUCACAGACACACCAGCCAAGGCCAGGACCACCACGCUGAACGAGGAGCUGGGACAGAUUGAGUACAUCUUCUCCGACAAGACCGGAACUCUGACGCAGAAUCAAAUGCGCUUCCUCCAGUGUAGUAUUGCUGGACGCUUAUACGGUCGGCCUUUGGACAGCAGUCAGCAGACGUCAGUGAAAGAGUUGGGUGAAGUGGAGAGGUGCAGGUUAACACCAUGUCGCAUGGAGCCCACCAUCACAGAGCUGCGUGACGAGCGAAGCAGCAGCGAGCGAUCCUGCCAGCAGUCUGCCGACUCCGGCAUUGCCACGAACAGCAGCUCUGCCAAUCAAAGCACAAUACUCCCCGGUCAGAUUCCGGAUGAGGUGUUCGACGCCUCCCGGGUGGAGGAAAGCAGAUUUGCACGAGAGCCCCUGCCUGACCUGAUCACGUCGGAUGUUGUGCGGUCACCUCGCAAUGCGCCCGACCUGCCCCUCUCCAUCACAGCAAGAUCAUCGCUAGAACACGUCAAUGGCCCUGCAGACAAGACAUCCUCAUCACCUGUACCGCAAUGGCAGCACAAAUCAGAUCUGCAGCGUUCAUCGCCGUCAUUAGCACACCCCUCGCCCAGGAAGCAAGCUUGGUCAACGAUGCACAAGGAUGAAGAGCAGGAUGAUGCACCGAUGGAUUCAACCAGUGAGUACCUGGACUUCACCACGCUGGCAACGUACGGUGAAUCGUCAUUUCAGUUCACCGACAUGUCGCUUGUGCGAGACGUGCGCAACGAGUCUUCGGCUGCGUUUGAGUUCUUCCACGCCUUUGCCCUGUGUCACACGGUCAUGGCUGAGCAGGACACAGGGGAAGAGCUAAUCUACCAGGCACAGUCACCGGACGAAGCCGCUCUCGUGUCGGCGGCGAGAAACUUCGGCAUUGCCUUUGUGGCAAGAACUCCUAACAGUGUUACGCUCAAUGUGCAUGGGCAAGUGCGCAAGUAUGACUUGCUAUGCAUCCUGGACUUCGACAAUGUUCGCAAGAGAAUGUCGGUCAUUGUCCGUUGCCCGGACAACCAGCUCAUGCUGUACUGCAAGGGUGCCGACUCGGUGAUAUACGAGCGAUGUCGCUACGCGCAGCAGUUGCUUGCUGACACCUCUCAACAGCUGGAGUCCUUUGCAGGCGAGGGCCUAAGAACGCUCUGUGCUGCCAGGAAAACUCUGAACGAGGACGAGUUCAGUGCGUGGAGAACUCGACACCAUGAAGCAAACAUAUCGUUAGUGGACCGGCGUAAAAAGCUUGAUCAGGUGUACGAAGAGAUCGAGCAUGACCUGGAACUGAUCGGUGCCUCGGCCAUUGAGGACAAACUGCAGGAGCGUGUACCCGAGGCCAUUGCCAACCUGGCGCGUGGCAACAUGAAGAUCUGGGUGCUGACUGGCGACAAAGAGGAAACAGCUAUCAACAUCGGCUAUGCAUGUCGACUACUGACGGCGGACACAGACGUGUACGUCGUUGAAGGGACUACAUUCGGUGAAGUGCGAACGUCUCUACAAAAAAUCAAGGACAUGAUACUCGCCGGACGAGUGCUUUUCACCAAACAGACCGGCAUCGAGUUCAGGGAAGAAGAUCCAUUUGAAGAUCCAGGGAAGGCAAAAUCGAAGCCAAAGUUUGCUAUCGUCAUUAACGGACACAGCUUGACGCACGCACUGAACGACAUGACGGACAUGCUGUUCCUGGAGACGGCGUGCAUGUGCCGGGCUGUCAUAUGCUGUCGCGUUACGCCGCUGCAGAAGGCACAAGUUGUGGAGCUUAUAAAGACACACAAGAACGCCAUUACGCUGGCCAUAGGUGAUGGUGCAAAUGAUGUGGGCAUGAUCAAAGCUGCACACAUAGGUGUUGGUAUCAGUGGUAAGGAAGGCAUGCAGGCUGUGUUGGCCAGUGAUUACUCAUUGGCACAGUUCCAUUAUCUGGAGCGGCUCCUUCUCGUUCACGGCCGCUGGUCGUACAUGCGCAUGUGCAAGUUCCUGUCCUACUUCUUCUACAAGAACUUUGCCUUCGUGCUCGUUCAGUUCUGGUACGCCUUCUUCUGUGGCUUCACAGCCCAGACGGUGUACGAUCCAUGGUUCAUAUCUGUGUACAAUCUGCUAUUCACGUCACUACCCGUUAUUGCGCUGGGAAUAGUUGAUCAGGAUGUCAGCGAGAUGUUGUGCCUGCGCUACCCGAGACUGUACAUUCCGGGCCAGCAGAACCUGCUCUUCAACCGGACGGUGUUCUUUCGCAGUCUGUUCCGCGGCAUCUUUGUAUCCACGGUGGUGUACUUCGUGACGCACCUGUCGUUUGAGGAGGCCGUCGAGGCAGACGGCAAGCAGGCCGACUCGCUCUACGUGUUUGGAACGGCCGCGUCCGGUCUUCUCGUCAUGGUUGUCAACGUACAGGUAUCGUUGGAUACAUACCACUGGACAGGACUGAACUUCUGUGUGAUAGCCCUGAGUGUACUCGUGUGGUUUACCUUCGUCGCCGUACUCUACGCUCCCAGUGGCGCUUACUCACUGUUCCCCACGCUGCUCUACGACAUAGCCGUGCACACGCACCUGCUACCGUCCGCUCAGUUCUGGCUGUCGCUGCUGCUCGGUGUUGCAAUGUGCUUUCUGCCCGUCCUGGGUCAUCGGCUGUACUCGUUCCUGGUGCACCCGUUCCUCGUGGACUUGCUGCGCGCUGGCUACGAGCCGCCGGAAGAGAAGGACGACGUGAAGGUGCCCAAGGUGGUCAUAUCCGACACGUCAUCCACCACAGCACGGGAUAUGACAUCGCCGUCACCCUCCAUCAAGCGUCACCGUCGCCUGGCCAGCAUCGGGUCCACCGCGUCCACGGUCACCACGGGUUACGCCUUCUCGCACGCCUACGGCUUCGGCGAGCUGAUCACGUCGGGCCGCGCGUUCCUGGGCAGCCUGGUGACGCCGCUACUGAACCGCACACGCAGCCACAACAGCGGCGGCGGCGGGUCCUCCGGCGACCUGCGUAACCACGGCAACGUGGCAGUGGCGAGCACCUCUGGGGCCAUGCUGAUACAGGCCAGUCAGGCGGCCAUCUCCAUAGGUGCUCCGCCGGCAACGGCCGCCGAGCAAUCGCCCACGGCAACGCACAUCGGCAGCCAGCGCCCCAGCUCCAACCUGGUCGCCCCCGGCAACAGUGGCGAGUCGACACCGCCGACUACGCGUGUCAUUCAGCUGGAAGCAUCGCUGUGAGUCUACUUUGUAAUGUGGAGCGGUCAGCCGCCGCAGCUCCUGCCUGGUGGUCGCCGCUCCAACAGUGGUGAGUCGACACCACCAACCAGACAUGAGGCUCAUUUGGAAGCAUCGCUGUGAGUCUUUGUCGUAAUGUGGAGCUGCAAGAAUUGCCGAACAUUCUGCCAGACCGAGUGACUUUCUACGUUGGUCGUGCAUAAAGUGUGACUUGUGUUGUGCAGUGGCGAUCACCGGGCAUAUAUCCAACCGCCUGAACCAGAUGUGCUGCUCCAGCUUCUACUGGUGAUAGUCAUCAUCAUCAUCAUCAUGACAGCCGGCCCCUGCAGGUGACUUGGCUAGCUGGCUUUCGCCGCUCAAGCUCUUAUUGGGGAGUCGUAUAAAUGGUUUCCCAGCGAUCGAAUUUCUGCAUCUCGCCGAGUGUAUUACACCACUACCACCGUCAUCCCAGUGGAGACUAUAAUACAUACGAGCCUGACUCCCACGCUCUAGAAGUUGCAAGCAGAUUAUCCAUGGCGAAGCGAACCAGAAAACAGACAUAUAAAUUACUUCGAAGUAUAACCUGCUUUAUUUAAAAAAAAUUAAUGUUCUUAUCUUUGAGUACGUAUCCCGAGUAUUCAGAAUUCCAGAUUGACCCAACACUAAUGUAACAACCUUUUGACUACGAUGAAAGUUUUCCCGUACUAUUUCCACUUGACCGUAAUAAUAACUUAUGGUGGCUACAAAGAAACUUGAUGUGGAUGUAAACUAUGACAUAGCUUGAACAAUCAUUUGCGCCGAGAGAGCCCUGCACGUCUAUGUACUAAACCAUGACUCUAGUAUUCUGACCGUGAAAUCCCACCGUGACAUCUGGGAUCUAGUACUUGAAGUAAAUAGUUCUAUAAUAUAAUUUUACUGUGUUCCGUAUCGCAAGACUAAAAUCAUGAGAUUCUUUUUUCUUUUAUAAAUAUUUUGCAUACUUGCUGGCACUAUUUUAAAGUAUUUUUCCCAUCCAUGCAAAACUCCAUGUUCUACUGAAGCUGGGCACUAUUAUACAAUGCCAUGUUCUGAAUCAGACCUUCAACUUUGCGAGUGAUGUCAUUUGCCAUUAUUUUUUCAAGAGUCGAGAAAGUUUUCGAAUUGUGCGUGAUCUCCAACACAACCACUUUAC